AUGCCUUUACCUCCGGCUAGUGGAACCGGUAGAUACUUUGUAAAAGCUGCAAAAUCGAUCCGACUUAUUCGCCAAGGAUGCACCAACAGACCUUUCUUUCAUAUAUCAGUAACUCACCGCAAAAGGCUAAACAGCCAGCCAGUGAUAGAACAACUUGGUUCAUAUGACCCAAUGCCAAAUUUCAACAAUGAAAAACUAGUUGCCCUUAAUUUAGAAAGAAUAAAAUUUUGGCUCGGUCAUGGAGCUCAUGUGUCACCCCCAGUUGCAGAAUUGCUUGGUUUGGCUGGAUUCUUCCCCAUCCAUCCCCGUUCAUACAUGACUGCUUGGAGAAAUCGAAGAACAGAAAGAGAGAAUUCAGAAAAGCAGAAAGAAGCUGAAGCUGCUGCGAAAACGGCAGACGCCGCUUAA